GCUUCUCUUCCUCCUCAUCCAAGCCAGAAGGUGACUUCACCCUGCUCUGCUUCCAACCCAGACUCACAAGUGUUCAGAUCCCAAGGCCGGAGCCGUGAUCCCGCCCCGGGCCUCCCCCCACGGCGGGAGCCAGGCCAGGCCGGACCCUGUGGCGGGGACUUUGACCCCCGGGCCCGGCCGGGGAGACCGUCGCUGGGGCGGCUGAAUGCCCGGGUCUUCCCGCCAGGGCGGGCCCGGAGGAGACCCGAAGGCUGAGAUUCCGGACGAAGAGAAGGACCCGUCGAGGGACGAGUGCGGGGACGGGCCACCGAGCCUGAGGAGCAAGCCCAGAAGAGGAGACCGAAGAGUAGGCCCGGAGGAUUCCGGGGGCAGAGGUCAAGGAAGCUGAGAGGGACCUGCCACCCGGACCGGCUGGGCCCCGCUCCCCGUCACCGGCCAUCAUGACCCCCUGCAGUGCCCGGGCCAGAGAGGAGACCCUGCUCCACGGGGAGUUCGGGGCGCACCCAGCACGGGGCACCCGCUACGCCCUGACCCUGACCCUGUCCGCCCUGCACAUCCAGCGCCUGGUGCCCAGGCCCGAUGCGGAGCAGCGCACGGUGGUGCCCGUGGGAGAGGUGUCCGGCUGCCACACGCUGCGGAGCCUGGCCUCCGGAGAGCCCGCCGCCUACUUCGCCGUUUACACCUACCCGCGCCGGCGGCGGGGCGGGAGGCGGCGGGCGGCCCGGACCUUCCGGGUGGACGGGGACGGCACCUACGAGGAGAAUCAGGCCGUGGCGGAACGCUGGGCCACCGUCAUCAAGUGCCUGGUGUGGGGCGUAGCCCUGGGCGGGGACACGGUGAUCACUCCGGAGCUCCUCCCCCGGCCCCGGCGACUGCUCCUCUUGGUGAAUCCCUUUGGGGGGCGGGGGCAGGCUUGGCAGUGGUGUCAGAACCACGUGCUGCCCAUGAUUUCGGAAGCUGACCUCUCCUUCAACCUCAUCCAGACCGAGCGUCAGAACCAUGCCCGGGAGCUGGUCCGGGGACUGAAUCUGGCGGAGUGGGAUGGGAUCGUGACGCUGUCCGGAGAUGGGCUGCUGUACGAGGUCGUGAAUGGGCUCAUGGAACGGCCCGAUUGGGCCAAGGCCAUCAAGACACCUGUCGGGAUCCUCCCCUGCGGAUCUGGGAACGCGUUGGCAGGAGCCGUGAACCAGCACGGGGGCUUUGAGCCAGCCCUCGGCCUGGACCUCCUGCUCAACUGCUCGCUGCUGCUGUGCCGCGGGGCCAGGACUCCCCUGGACCUGCUGUCGGUGACGCUGGCCUCGGGCACCCGCACCUUCUCCUUCCUGUCGGUGGCCUGGGGCUUCGUCUCGGACGUGGACGUGGAGAGCGAGCGCUUCCGCCCGCUGGGCCCUGCCCGCUUCACCCUGGGCACCGCCCUGCGCCUGGCCUCCCUCCACACCUACCGCGGCCGCCUCUCCUACCUCCCCGCGGCCCAGCCGCCGCCCGGUGCCCCCCUCCGGCCGCUGGCCCGGAGCGCCACGGCCAUGCCGCCCCCGGCCCCGCCACACCGGUCUCCCCUGCAACGGGCCGUCUCCGACAUGGCGCUGGCCGAGGAGCGGGGCCUGCACGCCCCCGCCGCCCGCUCCCCGGCCCCCUCGCCCUCGCCUCCGCCCUCGCCCUUCUCCCCACCCGGGGACCUGGACCUGACCGCCGGCCCCCCGGAGCCCAGCGCCGCCCCCGCCCCGCCCUCCUCGCCCGCCCCCGGGGGUCCCGCUGACGACCUGCUGCCCCCCUUGGGCGAGCCCCUGCCCCCAGAGUGGGUCACGCUGGAGGGGGACUUUGUCCUCCUGCUGGCCAUCUCCCCCAGCCACCUCGGGGCCGACCUGGUGGCCGUCCCCUUCGCCCACUUCGGGGAUGGCGUGGUGCACCUGUGCUGGGUCCGGGCAGGGGUCUCGCGGGCGGGGCUGCUGCGCCUCUUCCUGGCCAUGGAGCGGGGCACCCACUUCGGGCUGGACUGCCCGCAGCUGGCCUACGCCGCAGCCCGCGCCUUCCGCCUGGAGCCCUUGACCCAGCGUGGGAUCCUGACAGUGGAUGGGGAGCGGGUGGAGUACGGGCCCCUCCAGGCCCAGGUGCACGGCGGGCUGGGCCGCAUCCUCGCGGGCAACCCCCCCGGUGGGUCCUGACCCCAGCGGGGAGCGGGAAGGCCAGCCACCGUCCCACCACGCUGACGGGAGGAGGCCUGGGGUGGAGCCCAGGACCCCCAGGGCAGGCCGGGGGAAGCCUAGAACCCCAGCGAGGCGCUGGGGAAGAGAGGAGGUAGACUCCCGGCUGGAAGGGCGGGAAACCAACCCAAGCCAGGGACGCCACCAGGGAUCAGGCGGUGGGGUUCCACCUUGCCGUUCAAAGGGACCAGCCUAUUGGGUAGCAGCUUGGGGGAAGGGGGGAAGCUUACAGCGAGACCCUCACACACACGUGCUUUGUCCCCCAUUUUCAUUUGCACUAUUUCUCCCCCCCAACCCCAGUGGAGGGGCCUGGUCUCCGGUGUGCCUCAGUUUACCCCACACCCUCAAAGACUAUUCCCUCUCCCUCCCCCUCCUUGGCUUCGGUGGGGGGAAGGGGAAAGGGGGCAGGACCCCGUCACGUAUAGAGCAGACUUCCCUCCUGAGAAAAAAAAUCGUCCUCAAAGCAAUGAAAUCCUCUAUGCAAUAAAGACGCUGGCUUCGA